GGCUCAGUCUCGGGUGGCUUCUGCUAACGUUGACUUUUAUUUUUUUGCUCAAAAUCUUCCCCUUGACUGAGCUUGAACCAUCAGAACCAACCCAUCGUCUCGUCAUCUUUGGUUCAUCGCAGGCAUCGAAAAUUUUGUCGCUGCAUUUGGUGUUCUUUUGUUUUUUUCCUUCUCAAUUCCUCGCUUCAAUAAGCGGGCCAUUAUUUCGUCACUUGGGCCGUUCGUCAAUAUCUUUCUCCCCGGUUGCCGAACGCAAACGCUGAACUUGUAGCGCACUGCACUGGGAGCCUCCUACAAACGAAGGCUGGAGAAUAGAAACUCAUCAAUUGUUACCUUAUUCAUCUCACCACUUCCUAUUGUUAACUCAUUGUUUCAUCCUGAUCAGAGUGACAAUUACUCGUCAUUCUUACUCACACCCAUUAAUUAUUCCUCCUCUUUCGCCAUUAAUUUUCUCCCCUUCAACUUUCGAUAUUUUCUCCCCCAAACCUUUUUCUCUUAUCGCAAUAACCAGCGCCCCUACUCCGUAUUCACCUCAGUAACACUACUGUACCCCAGCUGCAAUUCCGUGCACACCCCCCCUCCGCCCGGUAGCUGCCGUUUCGCUCCUCGGCAUCAUCACACGAUUUCAGUUACACACCCUCCGCUUUCCAGUAUUGUUCCUUACAAACUUGUCGGCCCUGGCUCGGAUUCAGGAUAUCCGGCUACAUCAUGAAUGCUGGCACGGGCAGGGCGGGCGUCAUAAGCGCUCCAGAUGAUGCUGCUCCGAUGGAUAAGUUGGCACAUGCUGUACUAGAUGAUGUGCUUUACAACGUUCUGAGCGAUCUAUUGAUGAAGACGCACCGCGAAGAGAAGACGGCUAGAGCUACCACCGCUGCCAUUCGCAUCGAGAAGUUGGCAUCCGACGCGUCCGACAGCUCAACGCCAGACUCAAAACCGGACGUACGGAUUGAGACUGACGCCGCUAUAUACGAGGAUGGAAAAGUAUUGUUGAAGGGCAAUCCUCUUAAGACGACCGCCGAGAUUCUGUGCCCCCGAUGCCAUCUGCCCCGACUCCUAUACCCGACAGACGGAAAAGGCGCUCAAAAACCCGAUCCCGGUGUCAUCUACUGCAAGAAACAUCCUUAUAUUGAUAAGCCCGGGUGCGACAUCUAUGGCCAGAGCUGGGUUCCUCAAGGUCCCGGCCGAGGCAAGAAGAAGAAGGACAUGGAAAAGAAUACCGAUUCUCCCAAUGCUGAACAGCGACCACCCAAUGUUCUUUCUUUCCCCUCAGCUACUUGCAGCAAAUGCAAGCGUUGUAUUCUUGUCACUCGACUGAAUAACCAUAUGGGCUCGUGCAUUGGGAACAGUGGUCGCAACGCCAGUCGAGCUGCAGCGCAGAAGUUGAGUAAUGGCGGAUCUCAGAAUGACACUACGCCACCUUCAUCACAAAAGGCGACUCCUGCGCCAGGCUCACGCGCCACCAGCCCGAAGAAGCGCGAUGCCAGCGACGAAGAGGAAGAUUCUGAGAACAGUCACAAGAAAAAGAAGCUCAAGCCUACUUCCUCGGCAGUCACCAAGAAGGUGAUUCUCAAGACGAAGCCGAGCCUCAAAAAGGACAAACCUAAGGGCCUGUCGUCCUUAAGCCAGGAGCAAAAGGCCGACUACAGCAACAGUGAAUCCGUUGACGUGGCACCCAAGAAGGCUGUGUCCAAGGGUAUCAGUCCCGUUAAGAAGCUUAAGAUGAACAAACCUCCGCUGGGGUCACCCAAGCCCAAGCCUACUAGCCUCAUCCGCGAGGCAACUGGAGAGUCAGAGUCUUCAGACACACUCUCAUCCCCUCCUCAGUAGACCUCGCUCAGGAAUAGCAUUAUGAGCGAUAUAUCAUCGAUCUGAUGGCGUGUCAGGCUGUCCUCUUGGCGUCAGCCUGGCCUACAGGCAUCAGUAUGAAUGUUAUGGUUGGAUACGAUAGAAGCAGGCAGUACGUCACGCGACAAAGGACAUCAUUUCCUUAUCGCUUGCUUCCCGAGAACAUUUACUCUACUUGUAUUAUCAUCAAUACAUCAUUGCAUUGGAAUGGCGAGCUGGUUGGCUAAGGAUACCGGGACCGGAUAUUUACAGCAUCCAUGGAAAAGGGACCGGGGCGUUUUUGGCGUAGUGAGUACAACAACAAUGGAUAUUUGCAAAAAUAUGAUCUUGAACGCGA